CAGCUGACAGCUUAAAAAUCCGCGCCCAAUCUUGUGUACUUACCAAAAUAAAAGAACUGUUUAUUUAUUUUUCUUUAUUGUUUACUGUAAUAAAAAAGAAAUGAGUGCUCGCACAGCGCGAUUAGCUAGAGAAGUGAAGCACUUUGAAACUAAACCUCCUUGGGGAAUAGUUUGCCAUCCACGUGAAGAAGAUAUUUACGAUGUUUUGAACUUCACUUUGCAAGGGCCGAAAGGUUCUCCUUACGAAAAUGGAUCAUUUAAGUUAACUGUUACUAUACCACAGAAGUAUCCCUUCGAGCCGCCCUUAGUUAAGUUUAUAACACCGGUUUAUCAUCCAAACAUUGAUAAAGGAGGCAGGAUAUGUAUGGACAUGCUUAAAAUGCCCCCCAAAGGUGCCUGGCUGCCCACCAUCACGCUGGAGACUCUUCUCGUGUCCCUGCAGACUCUGCUUGCCAACCCCAACCCCGAUGACCCUCUGAUGAUGGAUGUAGCUAAUGAAUAUAAGUACAAUAUAGACCAGUUCCUUAUUAACGCUAGGAAACACACUGAGAAAUAUGCUAAAGGAUAAGUUAUGGUAGGCCUAGUUAUUGUUGAAAGAAGCAUGAUUACGUUUGUAUUGAGAUUGUUCACCAAAAAUCAUCAUCUGCAAAGCCUUUCCUAACUAUGUUGGGGUUGGCAUCCAGUCUAACCAAAUACAGCUGAGCACCACUGAUUUACAAGAAGCUACUGCCUAUCUUACCUUCUAAACUCAGUACCUAACCCGGGUACUAAAAAUACUCCUAGGUAAGACUGGUUGUUAAGACUUACUGGCUUACUGUCAAAAAUGUCCAAUGACAGUAAAAUGGUUAUCAAAAAACAAUAUGAGGUAAUUGUUGAAUAUUGAAUUGCAGAAAUACUUGAAAAUAAUAUUGUUAAAGAAAUUGGUUUUCAGAGUGCUGAUUCCGAGUUUUGUGUGAUUCCGUUCGCAACUCGAUACAUAAGUUUCAAUAGACUUAUAAUUACGUAUCGAGUAGUAGUAUAUAAAGAGUCGUAUGCUAUGUCAUAUGAUUUAGAUAUUACAUGGUCAUUUAUUUUGCCGGUUAAUAAUGCUUACACUCGCAAAAGUGAGCUGGAGUGUUAUACGACCAAGUACCGAUGACAGUCUUAUUAAAUAAACAAUUCUACGAUAAGUGCUAUGUGAUUCAAUGGUAUGAUCAUCGAAAAAAAUUACUUGCAAAACUCGCACUAGGCACUCUGUUAAUGACAGUUACAGUGAACUGGGUAUUUUAAUGAAGGAAAAAAUUGUAAAACAAUCUGGUCACAACAUUAUUAAGUAUGUACCUAAAUAUAGAUUUAUAAGAUAAGCAUUUAUGAUUAAGUUAAAAGCAUUGAAAGUCUGUACAUUGAGCUUAAUUUCCUUCUGAACACUGCUUGUAUAUUUUUGCAAGUUUUUAGAUAUUCAAAUAGCCUGUAGAACAUUUUGUUAUGUUUUAAGUAAAACGAGGAAAAGAUGUACUAAAUAAGAGACUGGUCGAUAAUAUUUUGAUAAUCUUUAAUAA